AUGGCUACAACAAGGACGCCACUUCGCUCGAUAUUCAGGGCGUCUCAGCUUCUGAGAUCGAGGCAUCUGUGGAACUGUACAUCCCGCAAGCAUGGGUGGGCAGCCACUCCCCAACGCGGAGUUGCAACUACGCCGCAAAGAUCUAACAAGCCUUACUAUGUGACAACGCCAAUUUUCUAUGUCAAUGCCGCUCCUCACGUCGGCCAUCUAUACACAAUGGUGAUCGCCGACAUCAUGAAGCGGUGGCAGGUCUUACUCGGGAACACCGAUGCUCAGUUACUGACUGGAACCGAUGAGCAUGGAAUGAAGAUUCAACAAGCUGCCAUUCAAGCGGGCAUGGAUACUCAAGCAUUUUGCGACAUGAACUGCCGAACCUUUGAGGCCCUAGCAAAGGCUGCAAACCUCGACAACGAUCAUUUUAUCAGAACCACCGACCCCGCGCAUCGAGAUGCUGUCCAAUAUUUCUGGGAAAUGUUGCAACACCGGGGCUAUAUCUAUACCUCGAAGCAUGAAGGUUGGUACUCAGUCAGCGAUGAAACAUUUUACCCACAGACGCAAGUGCAGAACUCCUUAGACCCAUCAACAGGGAGGAAACGCAUGGUCUCAAUAGAAACGGGCAAAGAGGUAGAGUGGUCCUCAGAAACCAACUACCACUUCCGUCUCUCAGCAUUCAAAGAUCGCCUUCUUGAUUUGUACAAAAGAGAAGAUCCGUUCAUCACUCCUACCUCCUACACAGCUGCUGUGGUCAGGGGAGUUGAGACGGGACUACAAGAUCUCUCGAUUUCUCGGCCUGCGGAACGUCUGACUUGGGGCAUACCUGUUCCCGGCGAUGACACGCAGACAAUCUACGUGUGGCUAGAUGCGCUGGUCAACUACUUGACCAAAGCUGGGUAUCCUUUCCCACCUGGAAAAGAAAGCACAUCUGCAUGGCCUGCAGACUUGCAUGUGGUUGGGAAAGAUAUUAUUCGAUUCCAUUGUGUUUAUUGGCCUGCUUUCCUCAUGGCACUUGAUCUUCCCCUGCCUCGGAAUGUCUUGGUGCACGGACACUGGACGAUGAAUCGUGAGAAAAUGUCUAAAUCCACAGGCAAUGUUGUGAACCCGUUUUUCGCCAUUGAGCGGUUCGGAGUCGAUGGCAUGAGAUUUUUCCUAGCGUACCGAGGUGGCCUUGCAGAUGAUGCAGACUUUGACAAUUCCUUUAUCAUCCGGGAUUACAAGAAAUUGCUUCAGGGGGCAUCGGAAACCUUACUCUGCGUACAAUUGGAUCUUCCAGCUGCUACCCCUGAGGACUUGGAACAUCAGGAAAUGUUGGAGAAGACACCUCCGCAGGUUGCCGAGCUUAUGGAGAAUCUGAACCCGCGUGCCGCACUGCAAGAGACUAUGAGCAUUAUUGAGAAGACUAACAAGUACUUCCAUGCGGCGGAGCCGUGGAAAACUCCCAACUCCCAACGAGUCAUCUACAACGUGGCGGAAUCGCUGCGGAUCGCUGGCAUUUUAUUGCAACCGUUCAUGCCCGGCAAGUCUCAUGACCUUCUAGAAUUGCUCUGUGUAAAUACCUCGGACCCCUCCAAGCGGGCAUUCGCGGCCACGGCGUACGGUUCAGAUCCAGAUUACGGUGAGGGCGUUAAGAAAGGUAUUCUUUUUCCUCCUUUGCUCACUGAGGAGUAAUGCGCCUAUUUUUGAGCUUUCGAUUUGAUAAGAGGAAUCGA